AUGGUGUCAUUGUUUGUACGUUUGAAUCCACAGAUUCCAUUCAGUGCAAUUCCCACGUUCCGUCCCCAUGGCUCCCAGACAACUCCUGCUUACUACCAACCGCCGUCAGUAUCACUGGAGGCUCAUGGGAAUGGAACUGCUCUUGUUCAGGUGUCUGUGUCAUUCAACGUUGAGACUGAACCUUCCCAGCCAGCAUUUAACCUCACAGCCGAAGUGGUCCAGGAUUCGCUGCACUCCAUCGUUGUCAAAACAUGUGCAAGGUACCUGUAUGCGUACUACCAUGGUCCGGGCAUGGCCGUCGUAGAAAUUGAUGUACCCACUGGAUUUGAGGCGGACCUCGAGAGCAGAUUCUCUGAUAUUUCUCUGUCGAGGAAAUCUGAAAUCAAGGACCAGAAAACGGUUGUGCUUUACUAUGACGAGAUCAAUCCAAACAUAGAGACCUGCUGCUUUGUGGAGAUGCUUCGCUCUGACCUCGUGGCCAACGUCAAGCCGUCCUCAGUCAGGGUCUACGAUUACUAUGAACCAGAACGUUUCAAGGCCCUGAGAUUCUACCAGUCCUCUAUUCUGAAGGAUUCAUCUUUCUCUGACAUCUGUGUCAACUGUGGCUGUUAA